CAUCUCUUUUCAGCAUAAGAUGUGGAUAUCGCAACCCCCACAUGAUUAAAAGGGAUUGAUAUGUAAAAUAUGAUCAUUAGAAGUCAAUACAGAACAAUUUAGGCUUAUGCAUGCAAAAAAAAGUUGGAAACAAACAAAAUAUGUAGAAAAAAUCGGAGAUCGGGAACUAUAAUAAUGGCCUGAAAACUCUCUAUCCAUCCCCCUUAUCAUCAUCAAACCAAAGAAGGAAAGGGCAAAAAAAAAAAAAUAUCCCAACUAAUAUUUUAUUCCCUCUUUCGCUUAGUGAGAGUUGAUUUGGUCCCGCGGGAAAUUUCUGUGUAUGUGUGCGCUCUUUAAUGGCGAUGGAGCCGCGGCUUCUGUGAAGGAUCCGACUGCCCAAUUGUUGGUUGUUGCCAUAUAAUCCAAGUCUUCUCUUCUUGGCUCCGAUUCCGUUUCCACCCUCUUCCAAUCCUUGGGGUCUUCUCGCUUUGUUGGGAUUAGGGUUUUGGCUUCGGAAUAUAAUACAAAGUUCGGUUUUUUAUUCGGGAAGAGGGGCGCUCUGGGCGGUUCCAUUGACUCGAGAAGCACUAAAUUCAUGGGAAGCGUGGUGGUCGGUUUAAUCGAAGCCCUCUCUUCUCGCCUUUCUGUCUCUCCAUCCCUUGCUUGAGAUUUGUGAUUCGCCAGUCUCUCUGCUUCUCUCUUGCUCUCUCUGUUCUCUUCUUUAUUUGGAAUGCCGAUUGGAAGGAGAAAGGUGGGGUCUUUUUGAGUAAAGAGAGUGUGUGGUUGGUUUCCAAGAGGGAAUGGAGCUGGGACUGUGGGGUGGAGAUCAUGAGGUUUUUGCUCUGUUGCUGGGAUUCGAGAUUUGGUGAUAUCUCAGGUGAAACAGAGCUUCUCUCUCGCUAUUAUACUAGGAUUCGUGAAACAGAGCCUCUUCUCAUAUCUUUCCAUCCGUUUGCUGCUUUUCCUUCUCUAAAGUUGGCAACUUUUUGUCGCAAAAGUAUGUCGUCGGUUCUGCUAGCUCGGACGGGGCGCCACCAGCAGCGUUACCAAGAUCAUUUCCGGCUUGUUGCUGGAUGCAUUCCCUAUAAGCAAAAGGCAAACACAGAGAAUCACAGCGGCGAUUUGAUAGCUUGUCUGGAAGUCCUCAUGAUUUCUUCACCAAAUCGAGCUGAUCUUGUCUUCCCUAAGGGUGGAUGGGAGAAUGAUGAGACUGUAGGUGAAGCAGCAUGUCGCGAAGCUCUGGAGGAAGCUGGUGUUAGGGGAAUUAUAAAUGAAACUUUACUGGGUGAAUGGACUUUUAGAAGCAAGAGCAGGCAGAACAGUUGCAGCCUUGAAGGAACUUGCAAAGUUCAGAUGUUUGCCUUGGAGGUUACCGAAGAGCUGCCGUGCUGGCCAGAGCAGGCGAGCCACGAAAGGAAAUGGGUAUCCGCGAGGGAUGCAUUUAAACUUUGUCGGUAUGAGUGGAUGCGCGAAGCUCUUCAUGAAUUCAUACGACUAAUGUCAGGCAAAACCAAUCAACCUUCUCCUGAAGUACCUGAGCCACCCGGCUUCUUCAUUGUGAAGCCUACGGCUUUGACGAUCUGACAUUUGAUAAGCCGGUCUUAUGUUCGCCCUCUCAUUCUUUAAUCAGAUAAGUUGGGGCUUGGAUUUGUAUCGUCACACUACUAAUGGAGUUGCUUGUUCUACAAGUUCUUAGUGAAAACAGGGCUUGUUUAGUUCGCAUCAAACACUGUUGAGCGGAGCCCCAGUUACAGGCAUUCUUUCAAUGGGCAUUGGUCUGCUGGCAGGGCGAGACCUGAUCCUGUUAACAUUUUGAUCGAUCCAAUGGCUGUCAUUGGGAAUCUAUGCUGGUUUUCAAUUACGUAUGUAUGUGUGUUCUGAUCCGGACAACAUUUGGAUCGAUCCAAUGGUUGAAUUGGGAAUCCAUGAUGGUUUUCACUGUGGUAUGUAUGUCAUUGAGAAUCCAUGCUGGUUUUCAAUGUAGUUUGUAUGUCCCGAUCCAGAAAACAUUUUGAUCGAUCCAAUGACUCUAAUUGGAACCCAUGCUGAUUUUCAAUGUAGUAUGUAUGUGUCCUGAUCCUGACAACAUUUUGAUCAAUCCAAUGGCGGUAAUUGGGAAUC